AUAAAUAUUAUGUGAAUGCCUCUAAGAUCGCAAAAUAAAGAGUGUAAAUUUUAUUAUUUAAUUUCUACGAAAACAUAUAUAUUGAAAAUGAGCAACAAUGCUGGCGGCGCUCGUGCAUUGCCACAAUCGAAGGAAGCACUGCUGAAAUCCUAUAACACACGUCUCAAAGAAGAUGUACGUAGCAUGUUGGAGAAUUUCGAAGAAAUAAUUAAAUUGGCGCGUGGUGAAGGUGACUCUCAGAUCUCGAAAACAACACAGUGUGAACAGGACACUUACGAAAUGCAAGUGAGAGCUGCGAAUAUCGUACGCGCCGGGGAAUCACUUAUGAAACUUGUGUCGGACAUUAAACAAUAUUUGAUUCUGAACGAUUUUCACUCGGUCAAUGAAGCGAUCACUAACAACUCGCAGUUAUUUCGUUCGAAACAAAUGGAAUGCGAUAAGAAGCUAAUGAAAUUGCGUGAUGAAAUGGCAAUGGAUUUAUACGAUCUCGAAGAGGAAUAUUAUACUAGCAUAUUUAAAUGAAAAUAAAUUACAUUCUAAAUUACAA